AUGUUACUUCCGAUCAGUCUCCUUUCAAUCGCAUCAUUGCAAGCAGCUGUUGCGGCCGCUCCAUCACCGCAAUCGCAGCCUCCAACUAUCCCCAUAUCCUACAGCUAUGGCGGCUAUCCUCGUGUACAAGCCGAUAUCAAAUGGGGUACACCAGGGCAGUCUCCCGUGCCUACAAUCUUUGAUACAGGCUCUCCUAGUUUCUGGGUUUUCGGUCCCAACUCAAUCAUCAACGAUGGCACGAACGCGCAUUACGUGCAGGGACCCUGCAACAAAACGGUGAAGACCUUUUACAAUUGGCCCAAGUCAACCUCUCAUUCCAAAGGAGGCGCUGUCAAACCCAAAGGUGGGCCUUUGGGCUAUGCCUACGGCGGAAACGGCAAGCUCAUAUCAGCACCCGCUACUAUUAACGACUCCUUCUCUUUUUCUAACCCAAACUUUUCCAAAUUGAUCAAUAAUCAAGUGGGAUUGGCUGACUAUGCACAAGUUGCUCAACUCGAUGACAAGUGCAGAAUCCCUGAGAGCGAUUUCGAUCACAGCAUUCUUGGUUUGGCGCCGUUUCCUAAGGGCUUUGCCGGGCCCUCUUUUCGAGACAACUUACGUCGCACUGGGAAAACGCAGUCCUCCUCUUUCACCAUGUGGUUUGAUCAACAGCCGAAGUCCAUCAAGUCUCCAUACUCAGGCGCAGCUGUCUUCGGUGCCAUUCCUUCUAAAAAGAAGUAUACCGGCGAGCUUGUACGCAUUAAGCAAAACUAUCCCGAGCCACCCUACGUCGGAUACUAUUCAGCGCUGCCGGAGUUGACCACAACAUCUUUCCGCAAGCCUGGUAAACCUGUCAAGAUUGGCUUAACCGAUUCUUCGGUCAAACAAUGCCUCCUUGACUCUGGAACCGGCGAGGAUAGGCUCCCUUUCAGCGAAAAGGAGAUCAUGAAGGCAACAGGGCUCAUUCAAUUGGAGAGUCCACUGGCGUUGGCUUGGAACGGGACUUGCGAGUCUAUUCCACGUACUGCGACCUUUAAUUUUACUUUUUCUGGAGCCACUCCUGGCAAGAAGGUCACCGUCGCUAUUCCUAUUCGAAGUUACGCUCGUGGUGAAUACGAUGAAUUACCGGGCUACGACGCUUCCAAAUACUGUGCCUUGAGCGUUUCGGGAGAUGAGUAUGGGGGCUGCACUUUCGGUGCCCCUUUCUUCACAGCUGUUUAUGCUGUAUUUCAUGAUGAUAAGAAACAGAUUGCUCUUGCUCAAGGUGGUGUCUCGACUGGAACGUCCGAUGGUAUUACCGGGAUUGGUCAGCUCACACCUAUCCUCCCGGGAUUAAAUAUUCCAAAUUCAGUCUAG